UGCAGGAUGCCAGGCCGAUGCCAGGCGGGGCCGCGGCCCUGGUCGACGAGCCUUGCACGCUGAAUCCCGGGCCCCCCACAGGCCGAGGCUCGGGCCCGGGACUGGAUGCUCCGCGCACGGACGACGCCGCGGGUUCCCCGACUCCUGGCGGGAGCGGAGGUGAUGGCACUGAAGAAAGCGAGUCACCCAGGCGGCUUUCCAGAGAACAGAUCUUUGUACUGAUAUCAGCAGCUUCCAUGAACUUAGGGUCCAUGAUGGCCUAUUCAAUCCUAGGACCCUUUUUUCCCAAGGAGGCUGAAAAGAAGGGAGCCAGCAACACUAUGAUCGGUAUGAUCUUUGGGUCUUAUGCCUUAUUUGACUUGCUGGCAUCUUUGAUAUUUGGAAAAUAUCUUGUAUGUAUUGGAGCAAAAUUUAUGUUCAUAGCAGGAAUAUUUGUCUCAGGAGCAGUUACAGUUCUCUUUGGUGUCUUGGACCAACUUCCAGAUGGACCGAUAUUUAUUGCUAUGUGUUUUCUUGUGAGAAUAGUAGAUGCAAUAAGCUUUAGUGCAGCAAUAACUGCAUCAAAUGCCAUCCUGGCAAAGGCUUUUCCAAAUAACUUGGCUACAGUAUUGGGAAGUCUUGAGGUUUUUUCUGGACUAGGAUUCAUUCUAGGCCCUCCUUUAGGUGGAUUUUUGUAUCAGUCCUUUGGCUAUAGUAUACCUUUCAUUUUUUUGGGAUGCAUAGUUCUGUUGAUGAUACCACUCAACAUAUGUAUUGUACCCAACUAUGAGUCUGGUCCCAGCGAACACUCCUUCUGGAAACUUGUCACUAUCCCCAAGGUUGGCCUUGUAGCCUUUGUCAUCAUCUCCUGCAGCUCUUGCCUGGGCUUCCUCGACCCUAUUCUGUCUCUUUUUGUCUUGGAGAAGUUUCAUUUGCCAGCUGGAUAUGUGGGAUUGGUCUUCCUGGGUUUGGCACUGGCCUAUGCCAUUUCUUCACCGCUGCUUGGCAUACUAAGUGAUAAAAUGCCAAAUCAAAGGAAAUGGCUUCUGGUGUUUGGCAAUUUAAUCACAGCAGGGUGUUACAUUCUCUUAGGACCUGUCCCAAUUUUUCACAUUAAAAGUCAGCUGUGGCUGCUGGUGUUGGUAUUAGUUAUAAUUGGCAUCUCCGCUGGAAUGAGCAUAAUUCCAACUUUCCCAGAGAUCCUCAGUUGUGCAUAUGAGAAUGGAUUUGAAGAAGGAUUAAGUACACUGGGACUUGUUUCAGGUCUCUUUGGUGCCAUGUGGUCAGUUGGUGCUUUUAUGGGACCAAUGCUUGGUGGAUUUCUGUAUGAGAAAAUUGGUUUUGAGUGGGCAGCAGCUAUACAAGGCCUGUGGUCUCUCAUAAGUGGACUAGUGAUGGGCUUAUUUUAUCUUCUGGAGUACUUCAGAAAGAAAAGGUCUAAAUCUCAAGACACUGAUAGCAUGGAAGAUGAACAAACUGACCUUUUGUCUGGUGAAAGCUAGCACAAGUCUUGUUACAAGAUGGAGAGAUGGGUUCUCCUGGCCUUGAACAUCACUGCUAGAAGUGUUUCUUAGGUGCACAAACAGAACUUUGUGGAUCUCAUAUUUGCAUUCUUGAGAGAGUCAACUUAUAUUUGGAAUUCUUUGUUGGACUAGACUUACAGUUGUUUUUAAAGUUAGCUUACUGAGCCAACCAUAUGAGAAAGGGAAUGACAAAUCAGCAAGUUUGUGGAUUUUAUUUUCUAUGCCAGUACUAGGGCUUGAACUCAGGGCCUCAUGUUCUCAUUUGGCUUCUAUCAUCAGAGCUGGUGCUCUACCAAUUGUGCCAUGCCUCCCAUCUUGUGUUUUACUGGUUGGUUAGACAUGUAGUCUCACAGACUUUUCUGUCUAGUUUAGUAUCAAACUUCAAUCCUCCAGGCCUCAGCCUUCUGAGUAGCGUGAUUACAGGCCUAAGCCACUGGCACCCAGCUAAAGUUUGUAUAUUUUAGUCACCAAUAUUGGCUCUGGCUUUUUUUGUUUCUUCUGUUUACUAUUUAUUUAAGGCACUGUUUCUAUGAAUGUAUCUUUUCAGUCACUAAGAAAAAAUGAGGUGAUUUGUUUUGUACUAUACAUAUAAAAAUAAUGCAAAAUAUAAGAAUUAUUGUGAAAUCCAUUUUAGAAAGAUAUAUGCUGUCUGUGUGCUGAGGGCUUUGUUCUUGUUGAAAAUUUAAAUUUUUUGUCUGGAAAAACUCUGUAGCAUUGCUUGGCCCUUAAUUUUUCUUGCAAAAAAUUUGUAUUUGUGUAAGAUGUCCGUUUUUGUGACAUUUUCAAUUAAGAUCUAAAUUUUUAUAAACAUUA